AUGGUACGACCCCUGUGGGUGCUAGUUCUUGCGUUGGUCGGAGUCGUCUUGGAAUCGGUUGCAGCCCACAGUCAGGAGAAUUUUGGUGGGUUCUGCGGCGGCGGAGAUGGAACGCCGACUUGUGCGAUUGGAAUUUGCAGCUCCCACAGCUUAUGUGGCCCCUGUGAGGUUGGAACUUGCGAAACUUCCCUGGCGUGCUCCCUUGAUGGAACAAACACAAUUUGUGCAGGCUCGGACUUGGAACGACGAUUGAAACAGAAGUUGCCGCUGCGAGAGUCCGAGGCACCAACAUCAACAUCACCGACUCUCACGGAAAACGACUAUUAUUGUACCGGAAAAUGUACCUGUGCUGCAAACUUUUGCAACUCGGAUAACGACUGUGGCGGGGGAAGAGAGUACUGCCAAGGAGGUAAUGUCUCCUCGAUGUUUGGCUAUAACAUGACAACAGCUUGUUCCGGUACCUGUGUUCCGGCCCUUCAACUCGACGCGUGUGGCGCUGGUCUGUGCACAACAGACGUUGAUUGCGGCAGCGAGAACAAAACGUGUCUAAAUCUAGUUGGUGAAGAAUGUGGGGGCUUUUGCAACGGGCUAGCAUCCACUGUCAGCCACGACAGACACGAAAUCUCUGUUCCUUCCGCGUGUGCCGACCGUUCGUGCAGUUCCGAUUCUGAAUGCAAAACAGGAAACGAAUUUUGUCUCGACUUUAAUAGCAAGGUUCCUUGCAGUGGAACGUGUGCAACCACCACCACUUUAGAUGCGCGGAGCUCCUGUAUGAUGAACACAUGCUCAGUCAACCGUGACUGCAUCGAGCCUUUGGAAUUCUGCUCACAGGCCCAGGAAGGAACACGUUGCAGCGGCUUGUGCAUUCCUAUGGAAAUUGAAGAAGAGGAGGAGAGUAGUACCAGAACCAGUACAAUUACAAAUCCUUUCAUGGGCUCCAACGACUUCUUGAUGACCACCAACGAAGGUGUCUUUCAGGUUACUGGCUGCGCAAUUGGGGCGUGUAGCUCAGACAGUGAUUGCAGCGCUGAUUCAGAGUUUUGCUUUGUUUCUGCAGAUUCACCGUCCUGCUCAGGAGUCUGCUUACCAUUAGAAGAGAUUGAAGUUAACGGUUCCUGCACGCUUUCGUCAUGUACUUUUGAUGAAGACUGCAACAUUGGAUUGGAAACCUGCGUGGGCGGGGGUAGCGUCUUUACUCCUUGUUCAGGUUCCUGCCUCUUGCUUGAUAUUGAAGAAGAGGGAGACGAUAGCCUUGUCGUCGUUAGCGAAUGCUCUAACUCGACCUGCAGGUCUGACUUGGACUGCAUUACGGAACUCGAAGUUUGCGAUGGAAUGGAUACGCAGAACAAUGACACUUGUUCUGGGGUUUGCAUUUCAAUCGAUGGGCAGCUUUGUCCGUUGGAGAGCUGCAAUUCCGACGACGAUUGCAUCGAUCUGACUGCUGUUUGCCAAAACGCCACCGACAAUUUCACUUGUUCCGGAACCUGCGAAUCUAUUCAGUGUCCCGUAACUGACGAGGAGGUACAAUCGUGCAGUAUGGAUAAUGAUUGUCUUUCCGGAUUGGAAUCAUGCCAAGGAUUCGAUCUGCAAUUCGCUUGCAGUGGGACAUGCUCAAUCUUGGCUGGCGAAUGUCCGGAAGAGAGUUCGAAUGCAUCGGUUUCGACGGGGAAAGAGCUUGUACUGGCCAAUGCGUCCGUAUGCCUUGCCCCGGGGAGACCUGCUCGACCACGAGUGAGUGCAUUGACGGACAAAAAUGUUCUGGUGCAGAUGAUAAUGAACCGUGCAGCGGUAGCUGCGAAACCUUUUCACUACGAUUCCGCAAUUAUCGUGGCGAGCAGUUGCCAAACUUUGGCAAAGGAUUUGAUUUCGGGACAUUAUUCUUUACGAAACGAACGGUAUUUGUGAAUAAAAGGCGUUCAAACAAUGAUUGAGAUCCUAAACGCAUGUCAAUACCUCCCAAAGAAUCCUGAUUGUGCCGCGGUCGUAGCUACAUUAGAGAAUGACCAAGACCGUUCCGCGUGGAAUUCGCUGGAGAGUGUUGACGCCGCAAUUGAAGCUUGACGACAAACAGCAAACAAUUUAAAAACAAAGAGCAUCGCAAAAGUAUUUUGAUUAGCGAAGAGGUUGUGAUCCUGACUGUGAGAAUGUUCCGUAGACUCUUGGCGAAGAAAACCAGGUACUCUUAUUUCCUCACAGAGUUUCGAUUUACAUAUAAAGUACGUUGCAUGACCUGCAAAAUUUUGUACACUAUCUCCAGACGUUUACAGUAAUACAGUGCAGAAUUCAAAUCAAAAAGCUGGAAUACAAGGUAAUUAUGGUCGAACCGCUUUUUUUGGGAAAGGCAACUCUCUUUGACGUAACGAGAG